AUGAAGACAAAAGUGCAGGAAGAUUGGAAUGCUGCACUGCAGACACUCGAGGGCCACUCGGGCUGGGUCACAUCAGUCGCCUUCUCACCCGACGGCAGGCAGGUCGUCUCGGGCUCUCACGAUGUGACGGUACGGCUCUGGGAUGCUGCGACAGGAGCGCCACUCCAGACGCUCGGGGGCCACUCGGGCCCGGUCAUGUCAGUCGCCUUUUCACCCGACGGCAGGCAGGUCGUCUCGGGGUCUGAUGAUGAGAUGGUGCGGCUCUGGGAUGCUGCGACAGGAGUGCCGCUCCAGACGCUCGAGGGCCACACCGGCCCGGUCACGUCAGUCGCCUUCUCACCUAACAGCAGGCAGGCCGUCUCGGGCUCUGACGAUGGGAGGGUGCGGCUCUGGGAUGCUGCGACAGGAGCGCCGCUCCAGACGCUCGAGGGCCACUCGGGCCCGGUCACGACAGUCGCCUUCUCAUGGCAAGGGGUUACCAACUUUACACGUGUUCAAUUAUUGGCUAACGGAAGGCACGACGAAUUUCCUCUGGCUAUCUACUGAUUAUCGAUUGUAUGGCCGUUCGGGAUAGACUGGUCAUUUUAGGACAUUCGUCAGGGAGAUUUUCAUAUUUACAGAUUAAACUAGGGCCACUGCUUAUUAUACCCAACUAGUGCAUGUUACUCUAGUGAAUUCAGCGUUUCUUCCCACCAACCUCCAUUGCUGCGCGACAGAGGUCAAAGCUUUUAGUGUACCUCAUACUGAAUGGCAGCUAACUCACUUAAACCACUGUACUGCCGAUAGAGGAUCUUGCGGCUGUCCGCCCGAGCCGGAAGGGCCAGGAUCAUCGCCAACACUGAAGGACUAUAAAACGGGAGAAACCAAGGCAUGCUCCAUCAGUGAGGUCCUUCAACAUCCAUAUGUGGCAAGACUAUCCACGAAUAUCGUUAUCCAAGGUCCCCUCUCUCCUAGCUUCUUGGUGGUCCCAGAGCAGGAAUCAAAGGACGCUGAGCCUUAUAACAACAAUGAAUCGCACUCCGGCUGAGG